GUGUUUCUAUAGUAGAAUUUGGUACGUUGGACUGAGUACUCCGUAUAUUUUGCACAGUCAUUUGUUGAAAAUAAAAAAAAUAACCAAUUUUGUUUGCUGUCUGUUCUUAGAAAUAUGCCGACUAAAGGUCCCUUACAGUCUGUCCAAGUUUUUGGACGUAAAAAAACAGCCACCGCUGUUGCUCAUUGCAAGAGGGGCAAUGGUCUGAUCAAGGUAAACGGCAGACCUUUAGAGAUGAUUGAACCAAGCACCCUGCAGUACAAGCUGCUGGAGCCUGUUCUGCUGCUGGGAAAGGAGCGUUUUGCGGGAGUGGACAUCAGAGUUCGGGUGAAGGGUGGGGGGCGCGUGGCACAAAUCUACGCUAUCCGCCAGUCCAUCUCCAAAGCUCUCGUGGCGUACUACCAGAAAUAUGUGGACGAGGCCUCUAAGAAGGAGAUCAAGGACCUCCUGAUCCAGUACGACCGCACCCUGCUGGUGGCCGACCCCCGCCGCUGCGAGUCCAAGAAGUUCGGGGGCCCCGGACCCCGCGCCCGCUACCAGAAGUCUUACCGUUAAAAACGCUCCGUUCAUUUUUGACAAUAGUAAAAAAAUAAAUAAAUGUCAAAGUCAAA